CACACAGACCUGUUUCCUCCUCCUGUGUUUUGACCCCAAACCGAAAAUAUCGCCAACCGGAGACUUUUUCUCUUUUAUUCUGAGUUUCACACUGAGCCCGCUCAGUUCGCCUCCUCCUCCAGCACCCACAACAGCAGAGAGGCUCUCCCCCUUCCCGGUGUCACCCUUCACUUUGCCACCAGUCGUCCAAGUUGUCGCGAGGCAGCGGUGGAUAAGCCUUAGAGGUGAACAGUGUGGGAAUGCAAGAGGAUUAUCAUCUGACCUUAACCCUGAGGAGACGAAGCAACCAGACCGUUCGAUCAUACUUUUUCUGAUCUUUGCUUCACUACAAUGCCUUUGUGGUUAUAAUGUCUGCGCUGAAACACGUUAUCCUACAAGAGAAAGACCAGGACGUGGAGAAGAAGCUGGACUGGAGUUACAUCGAGUGGGCUGAAAAUGAAGUUGUCACAACAGGUGUGGCAAACGCACAGACACAAACAGAAUGGGUACAGACUUUUGAGCACAAGGAGAGUCAGACCAGCAGCCCGGUCAUAAUGCACAUAGACCUGACACGGACUCACUCCAAGCUGAGGCACUCAUCCCUGGUGGACCCUGAUGGCUUGGUAGCACCUUUAUUCCAGUUUGACCGGCAGGCCCCAGGGCGCAUCUCCACAUCUCCGACACUGAGGAGAAUGAGGAGCACCAGGCGACCCCUGUCAGAUACCUGGGAUCCUGUCAGAGUGGGCAGCACUCGGCAGGAGUUUUCUUCAGGGAGCUUAUCGUCACCCAUGAACCCCCUGUCCCCAGGACACAAAGUCAGGUCUCCUCUUGCAGCGAGCCCCCUCUCUGAUGGAGAGAUCUGUCAGACUAACUCAUCGUCCGGCCGACAGAGAACAAGAUCACAUCGAUCAAAGACUUUUGACAACUGCAUCACUUCUAAAAGACAAGAACUGAACAGUGCUCAUCCUGCUGGUGAUAAAGAGUUUGGAUUUACUGAAAUUGAAGUAAAGAAGGAGAGGGAGCUAAAUAGGCUUCAGGAGAGGAGGCGGAGCUCUGUGGUGGUCAGCCUUCCAGGAUUGGAUGUUUCACCAGGGGACCUUUUUGUGUCCAACGGAGCAGCUGACAUUCUAAAUGGUUCAAACUUCUCUGAUACUAAGAAGUCAAAGUGGCCUUUUUCAAGGCGCAGCACGACUAAAGGGAAGCUGCAGAUGUGCACAGCAUCAGAUGUUGAAAAAUAUCUAUCAACAACACAAAUUCAAGACUGGAGAAACUCCGACCUUCAAAGAUUUAAGGACUUCUCUCUGGCGGAGUUCCUGCGGGACCAGUCCUCCCAGGUGGAUGCUGGCUCUGACCCUCAGGGCUUCAAGAGACAGGAAGCCAUCUGGGAACUCUUCACCAGUGAGUGUAUCUACUUCCUGGAUCAGCUCAUGGUGCUCAAAGAGGUGUUUUUGGCUACGCUUACAGACCUGCAGAUGAGGAACUGCCUGACUGAUGUCGACUCCUGGAGGCUGUUUGCAAACCUCAAUGAGCUCUGCCUGGUGAGCUUUGGUUUCCUGAACAACCUCCUGCGUGUCAUCAAGGACAUGUUGGAGAUUAGCAAGGGUGGCGGGCCCACCCUGCUGGAGCUGCUGAGCAAGGCUUUCCGGGAGAGUGUGUGCCACUGCCUGCAGAAGUACUGCCUCAACUACUCCGCAGCUCUGCUUUAUCUGGACAGCCUGAAGCCCCGGGAGGACUUUGGAUCCUAUAUGAAGUGGUGUGAGAGGAAUGAGCAGUGCCGGAGGCUGCAACUGCGUGACCUGUUGGUGGUGCCACUGCAGAGGCUAACUCGAUAUCCGCUGUUGUUGCGGAACAUGGCAAAGAGAUGCCAGGAUGAAGAUGAGACCAGAGGGCUGCAGGCUAUCGCAGAGCAGGUGGACACAUCUAUAUGUGAUUUAGAGGGAAAGGUAAAGUGGCUUGAAAACUACCAGAAAGUGAAACAGCUGAGAGAUGCCCUUGUUUGGCUGCCUGUGUGGGAGAGAGACAAGCGUGCCUUCGUACCUGAGAAUCUGAAACAUCUGCUAAAGGCCGUCACUCUGGAGAAUCUCAUCUCUCACAGGAGCCUGCUGCAUGAAGGGAAGCUUGUGCUCACAGAGAAUACGAAGCUGGUUGAUGUUUACGUCUUCCUGUUUGAUGAAUUCCUGCUAAUCACAAAGAUAAAGAGAACCAAGAAGCGGUCCAUUGGUCCUGAGCAGAACCCACUGAGGAUGCCACAGAACAUGGAGCUGGAUCAGCUGCUGAAGGAAGGCUCCACAUUUACAGUUCUAGACCAGCCGGUGUCUCUGGACCGACUCCAGCUCAGGAACAUUGAUCAGCUCAAUGCCUCAACAUCAGGGCUGCCUCAUUCAUUCAUCAUCAUGCACCAGAACCGUUACCAGCAGUGUAUUGGUGCAUUCAUCCUGCAGGCUGCAUCAGAGGCUGCAAAGAGAGCGUGGAUCUCAAAAAUAGAGGGCGCUGUGACAGCACUGCUGAAGCUGGACUCCGAGCAGCCACGGGUCAAGAGCUCCUCCCUGUGGCUGGAGUCUUCACAGAUCUGAGCCAUCAAACAGCACUAGAAGCCAUCAGAAAUGUCUCUACUGUCAAUGUGCACUUCACUGUCGCUUGAUGUCCUGUAAAUUAAAGUACCAGCACUAGAAUCCUUUUUUUUUAAAUUAAUGUUUGCCUUUAAUGGCAGCUGCUG